GGGGUUGGGUAACAUGUGGGAGUGUUUUCAUGAUGAUCGCAAACAUCCUGGUUCAAAAAAGAAGAAGAAAAAAAAACGAACGGCAACACCCUAACUUUUUCCACUUUUGAACUUGGAAGUAUCAACACAGGUUCUUACCAGACCUUAACCAUCCAUUCCAACAUGACGGAGUCAGCUGAAGCUGUAGCGGCCGAUGUGACCAGCAAGAGAAGUGUUACUAUUGAAAUUGGGAACGUCACGAGCAACUAUUGCCUCAUCAACCCCAAGGUAUACCUAGAGAACGGUGAGACGUACAACCCUCCUCAACCCACAGUGCGCCCUCUGAAGACAGAGGUCUGCACCUUCUCCAAGUCCAGCGGCAAAGCCACCGGAAGCAUCGGUGUGCUGACCUACGACCUCUUCGAGAGGUCACAGAACGACUACAUCGAGACUCUGGCCAUCAUGUUCUCGGUGCCAUGGGACUACAACCUGUACAAGAACUGGUUUGCGGUGGGCGUCUACAAGAAGGGCCGCAACUGUGACAAGGAUUUGUACAAAGAAAUGUACUACGAGAAGAAACAGCAGGAGCACGGCUUUGCUAGGGAGGAAGCCGUCGGAUCUGGAAUCAAUUAUGUGGGCAGCUAAUUAGAUAUCAGGGCCACGAUGAGUCCCCUGGGCAAUGCCAUCAUGAAGGUGGAGGUGUGGGAUAAGCUUUUCACACCCAUGGGCCAGCAAGCUAACUAGAGACCCCUAACCGGUCUGCCUGUCAUGACACCCAGUGGCAGAACUUGUCGUUCCACCUGAAGCAGACAGCAUGCCUGAUUUAACAGAUGUAUUUGCUGCUGACAUGUGUCUGCGUGCCUGGGUAUAACCCCUCCAGUAAAUCUGCUUGAGAUCACAGUGAAGUUUGUUUAUAGAUCCAUGAGGCAAUAACCACAUUCUAUAGUCAAAGCCUCUGUCUGUUUUUAUAGCAUCCGAUUUUAAAAUGGCAUCUUUAUAAAAUGAGAAUCAAAGGAUGACUCACCGGAGGACAAGGGCAGAUAGCUUCAUAAAACACACUGAGAGCUUUUCUGUAUUUACUAUGACAUUGUAUUCGGAGGAAAGGAAUAAACCUUUUUGUUGAAAC